UUUAUUGCAACACUUGUUUUGUAUUUCUAGUUAUUUAUUAAUCAUUAAGCUGCUGCUGCUGCAGCACAGUAUACAACUUCACAAUAAAAAUUUAACCAAAGGAAAUCUAAUUAAAACAAAAGCAAAUAUGGAAGAUGACAGUGUCGCCAAACCUGUAGAAACAAUUGAAUCUCCUCCACCCCUAAAAGAAAUUGCACCAGACCCGGCUGUCAGGUUUCGAGGUCUCGGCACAAACUUCAGAGCUAAGCUCAUUGGAAUAGAUGAUGUUCCUGAUUCAAGGGGUGAUAAAAUGUGCCAAGAAUCUAUUUUAAAAUUAAAAGCUGCUGUUUUAGCUUCUGGACGUCAUAAACAGAGAGUCGUCAUCAAUGUUUCAUUGGAAGGAAUCAAAAUCGUUGAUGUCACGACAGGGGAAGUUCAACACGUCCACCCAGUUCAUCGAAUUUCAUUCAUUGCACGAGAUCUCACUGAUAGAAGAGCUUUCGGCUAUGUCUAUGGUGCCGGAGAAGGGAAGCAUCAAUUUUUUGGCAUUAAAACAUCUAAAGUAGCAGAAGUUUUGGUUCUUGCUUUGCGGGAUUUGUUUCAAGUUGUUUAUGAUAUGAAGAAGAAGGAGAUUGAAGAUGCAAAAACUCAUCAAACAAAUGGCGAAGAGAACCAAGUAACAAAGCCUAAUCCUCAGCAACAACAAAUGAAUCAGGCUCCAGUUCAGCAACAACAGCAACAACAAGGCGGUGAAGGAAAUUUGUUUGAUUUGGAACAACAGCUAUCAACUAUUCAAGAAGGCAUCAAUAAUAUUGAUUCAAUUGGGCCGUGGUCAGAAAAUACCCCAACUUCUCCUGAUACUCCUGGAUUUGGUGAUGGAAGCAGUAGUGAUUUGUUUGGAAUUGCGAAUCUGAGUGAUAUUUCAAGUCUCAGUAGUGAUUUUAGUUGCGCUAGCAAUACCGUGGUGGAUCACGGUCACGCUGGUGGAGGUGAAAGAGCAUUCAAUCAACAACCGUUUGAAAGAUCUGGAAGUUCUCGAAGUGCUAUAUCAUGGCAAGGAUUUAUGCAUCAACAACGACAUACUGUGGCUCGUGCAAGCAGUCACAGUACAGGAAAUACCAAUAGAUUGCUCUCAGUUCCAGAUGAUUUAUCAGAAUUAAAAAGAACUAAUUCUGCAUCUGAAUCAAAAAUUUCAAUGGCUUCGAGCAAGGGUUCUUCUGAAUCAAUCAAAAAAGAAAAUACAUUCAAGGUUCCUAAAGAACCUAGUGCAGAGAAAAAAGUCAAAGAAAAGUCAAACAUAGUUGAUGAAAAUGGUCCUCAAGUAAUUAAGCCUACCAGAGACACAUUGCACAGUAGUUCAUCGUUGCAAUCUUUACCUGGUUCUGAAAAGAAAUCAAAGAAACGUAGUUUCUUUUCUCGGAGCAAAAAGUCUAAAUCUAAGAGCAAAAAAGAUAAAAACACAGAGAAAGAAAUCAGUCCAAGAUCUGGACAUUCACGAAAUUCAUCAUCGGCGGGAAUCUCAGAAAAUGUCAAACCUCACCUGCCUCUAGGCAGGUUAGCACGACAAGGUUCUGUAUCUUCUGUUAGAAGUUGUGUCGUACCAUCGACUACCUAUAAUGUCGAAGUAACUACAACAAGGUUAUCUAAGAGUCGAACAAGUUUGAAUGAUGAUUCAACAAAACCUAUAGACACACAAAUUACAUUCAUGAAAUCAAAGCAAGUUAAUGCUACAAGUUCUGAGGGAAACAGAGAUAAUACAACAACCAGUCCCUCAUAUAUAGUACAAAGCAGUAUUUGUCCCAGGACCAGACCCCGAGCGAAGCAUUCUGGUAGGGUUGAAGAAGCAGAAAAUAACCCACAUAAUCCACCCAUGUUUAAAACUCAUUCUAAUGUCUCUCGUAGUUCUUCAAAGUCUGAAGUAUCUGAUAUCGUUACUAGAAGUAAAUCUACAGACUCUGAAAUCAAUACUCAAGACUCGAAUAAAACUGAAACCACAGAUCCUGAGUGGGUCGCUUCAUUUGAUGCUGAUUUUGAUGUUUUAAAAAAAAAUAAAAUAUCAGUUUCAGUGGCCGAAGAAGAUUUUGAUCCCUUCACUGGUCAAGUAUCAAGCGAAACCAAAAUACCUUUAUCUGCUUCUUCAGUUUUUAAUGACAAUGAUUGGGUUCAAAAUAGUGAAAAACAAGCCGAACAAAAACAAUCUAAUGAGGAAGAUACUUCACCUCAGAAUAAUGCAUUUACAAGUGAAAAUGCAAGCGAUAAUUAUUUUACAGACUCUACCGUACCUGAUUUUUCUGAAGAUCCCUUUGCUUCGGUGACAAACGGUUCACCGUUUGAUGGUAUUGAUCCAUUUAGUGCCAAAGAGGAUCCUCUUGAUGAUCCGUUUUUCGUAUUUUCUGAAAGUGAUGUCUUCAAAAAUAUACAAUCAGAAAAUACAAAAAUUAUGGACACAAAUACUUUUGAUUCUGAUAUUAAUACUAAUAUUGAAGGUAAUUCAGAUUCAGAAAUUGAAAAUGAACCAACUUUCCCACUUGGAACAGAUAAAUUUAUUUCUAACAUAGAUGAUUACACUAUUAAAACAACAAUGUCAGCAGAUUCUUCUUCAUUGACGUCGGGUAUGUCAACUCCUAUUAAUACACAAUCACCAGUACACAAUGCCAACAAUAUAUCUAUUAUUACUACCUCAAACACACCUCCUACACUGCCACCGAGAUUACCGCCCCGUCCUUCCAAAAAAUCAUCGCCUAUUUUAACUUCACUCCCAGAUGAAUGCCCAAGUGAGCCACCUCCUCCAUUGCCAAAUCACUGCCCCCUUCCAUCCUUGGAUGAUGAUUCUGAAGAGGAAAUCAUUUUUGAUGAGAAUAGUGAUGAAGAAGUUGAUUCACCAGAUUACCUUCCUCCACAACCUCCACAAGUGCCUUCACGAUCCCCACCUGUAAUACCAGAGAGAACGAGACCACAUAUUACGUCUUCAUCUAGUUCACAAUCAGAACUUAGUCAGGAGGUUUCAAAUGAAGAAUAUGAAGAUGACUUUUCAGAACAGCAGAGUAAUGGAUCUGGUGGACAACCUAAACAGACGACAUCGUAUGCUGACGAAUUGUUUGACAUCGCUUCACCUGUUGCCCAGCCUGCACCUCAGCCAGGAGCAAAACUGACGAAGGAGCAAAUAUUGUCCAGUUUUGGUGGAGCUCAGCAGCAGGGAAUGUUCCCAGGACAGCCAGGCAUGAUGGCUCCUCCGGGACAGCCAGGCAUGAUGGCUCCUCCGGGACAGCCAGGCAUGAUGGCUCCUCCGGGACAGCCAGGCAUGAUGGCUCCUCCGGGACAGCCAGGCAUGAUGGCACAGCCCGGCAUGAUGGCGCCACCAGGACAAAUGCCAAUGCAUUAUGGUCAACAGCAGUUUAUGCCACAGCAGCAAAUGCAAGGGUAUCAACAACCUGUCACACCAGCUAUGGGAAUGUUUCCACCCGGUCCCAGUCCGGCAAUUCCACCGCGUCCUGGUGCUAUGAGACCAGCUGUACCACCAUUGCUUGUAGGGGGAGCAGCGCAAAAUCCAUUUGGUGAUGCUGGUGUGGAUAGUGGUGCAGUCGGAAUGUUGGCGCCUAUGAGCAACAGUAGUGGUGCACAGUCUGGCGCUGAUGGUAGCUCUUCAAAGCCCGAUCCAUUUGCUGGUCUUGUAUCUGGAAUAAGUGGCUCCGGAGCAGCAGCCACAAAGAAAGAUAUGUUUAAGAACUUUCAAAUGGCCAAACCUCCCCAACCUCCACCGAGAACAAAUCCACCAAUCAAUGCAACAAAUGAAGCUCCAAAACCGUCUUCCGAUUUCGACAAUUAUUUUCUUAACUCUGUUGGAGGAUUGCCAAUAUCGGAUGAUGCAACCAACAACAAUCCAACUCCAGCACCUAGAAAGCAAGAGGCUGCUCCAGCAAACGAUCCGUUUGGUAUGGGCCUUGGUGGUGCCAAUCCCGCAGUUACAGGAGGCUCUGAUCCUUUUCAAGGGAAUGCAGCAUUUUCACAACCUUUCCAGUUUAACCAGGGAUCAGCAAACUCUGAUUCUCUGUUUGGAUAAAUUUGGAUAAGAAGUCUCAACAAAUAUAUGUACAGUCAAGAACAUGUUCCGUCCACAUUAAACUUUACUUCUUGUGCAAUAAAUAGCUGCAAGCGAAUGUAUCACUUUCCCUUCAAAAAUUUGUGCAGAAUAUUCCUGCUUUUCCAAUGCUCGCUAGUAUGGCAAACAUGAUUACACUAUAUGCAUUUUACACAUAUCAGUUUAUUACCGGCUUCAAUUAGUGUUAAACUAAAUUCAUUUGUAUUAUGUUAGUCAUGUACAAUUUUGGUGUGUUAUGCAAGACCCAAUUUGCUAGCUUUAUACGAUAGGGACAUGUUAUACAGGGUUGAAAAUAAAACAUUUUCGAUUCAUUAUUUGCGUGCACAUUGUCAUAAUAAACGAAAUUUUUCUCCUUAGUAUAUGAAAUAUAUUAUUUAAAUUUCAACAUAUACCAAAAAGAUAAUAAUGUAUAUUUCAUUUCUGUAAUUUGCCAUCUCAUUAUGCAUUUUACCUUCAAUAUUAAUACUAAAUCAUCAAUCGUUUCGCAUUUACUGAAUGGUUUUUAUCAGUGAUUCAAUUUUCAUUCUACACUAUUCAGAACAAAGUGAAAAGACUAAAUAUUGCAGUGAAUUUUCAACCAGAUCAAUGGGAUAUUUCAAAUUACCCACUCUGUCCAAUUUUGAAUUGUUUUCCAUGCUAAAACAAUAAUUUCAAUGUUCUAAUAAUUUCGAAUAAAUUAAAAAUUUAAAUCUUCUUCACAUGGCUAAUAUGAAUACAAUGUUUCUUCCCGAAUUAUGAUUGAAUGACUAUGCUAGUUUUGGGUAUGCAGUUCAUUAUGUACAAUUGGUAUGCAUGGAUUUUUGUGUUCUUCCUACUAAGAGAAUAUUUAUUGAUGGAACUUCUCCACCUUCCCUAAUUAUAGAAUUCAAGACCGCUUCUGAGCAUAGCAUUUUAUUAAAUUACCCUUCAAAAAAACCUGAUGCAAAUCUUUUUCUUUUUACGUCCAUUAAAUUUUUGAUUUUUUCAAUGAAUAUCAGAUGAUCCAUAUAUUGUAUGCCUUGCAACGAUUGCAUGCCGCCAUAUUUUGAUCCCUCAUCAGUUUGUGCAAUGGAAUGAGUUUGCUGAAAUGACUGAUUUUUUUCCUUUUAAUCAGUGUUAUCAAUUUUUAUAUUGCGUUAUCUAGAGUAGUGUAUUUCUAGUAAUAAUAUAUUGUGAUUCGAGCAAAUGCAGAUAUAAUCCUCUGUCAUCAUGUAUUGAAGCAAAAUAAUAUUUUUCUUUCAAGACACUAUAAUUGUAUUGGCUGAAUAAAUUAGCCCUAUGACAUA